ACACCACACUCCACUCUAAGUUCAGACACAAGCCAGUGCAGGAGGACUCGCAACCCUGAAUGCUUUAUGAACGUUAGUGAAAUUAUCAGAUACCAUGGAUACCCUAGUGAAGAAUAUGAAGUUACAACGAAGGACGGAUACAUUCUUGGUGUUUUCAGAAUUCCAGCUGGGAGGAACAGACGAAAUACAGGGCAAAGACGUGUAGUUUUCCUGCAGCAUGCCUUCCUAGGCGACGCUACUCACUGGAUUUCUAACAUGCCCAACAACAGCUUGGGCUUCCUCCUCGCAGAUGCUGGCUAUGAUGUCUGGAUGGGAAACAGCCGAGGGAACACUUGGUCUUUAAAACACAAAACCCUUAAGUCCUGCCAGAAAGAGUUCUGGCAGUUCAGCUUUGAUGAAAUGGGUAAAUAUGAUAUUCCAGCAGAGCUGUACUUCAUCAUGAAUAAAACUGGGCAGAAAGAUGUAUACUAUAUUGGUCACUCUGAAGGCACAACUGCAGGCUUCAUAGCAUUUUCUACGUACCCUGAGCUGGCUAAACGGGUGAAAAUGUUCUGUGCUCUGAGCCCAGUAAUCACAUGCUCACAUGCUACAAGCCCUCUAAUGAAGAUAGCAAAUCUUCCUCCAGCACUGCUCAGGUUAAUACUUGGCUCCAAAGGAGCUAUGCACCAAAUCGGAUUUAUGAAAGGACCCGUGACGCAGUUAUGUACAAGCCUGGAUAAAUUCUGUGCCCAUGUACUCUGUUACAUAGCUGGAGGCAGCAUAAAAAAUCUGAACAUGAGUCGAAUAGAUACAUACGUAGGACAUUCCCCAGCUGGAACAUCAGUACAGAACAUUAUGCAUUGGCGUCAGCUAGCACAUACUGACCAAUUUCAAGCUUACAACUAUGGCCCUAAGGAAAACAUGAAGAAAUACAACCAGACUGUUCCCCCUGCAUACAAGAUAGAGAAGAUAAACAUACCAACUGCAGUUUGGAGUGGUGGAGAUGACACAUUUGCCGAUCCAACAGACAUGGCGAGGCUACUUCCUCGGAUUACUAAUCUCAUUUACCAUGACCAUUUUCCUGCAUGGGGACAUCUUGAUUUCAUCUGGGGCCUUGAUGCAACUGAGAAAAUGUAUAUGAAAAUCAUUGACCUAAUAAAAAAAUACUUUUGA